CUCGCUUAUGCGACAUCUCUUCACUAACAGUGCUCCUGAAUCGGUGCAGACCGAUGCGACGUAUGACAUCGGUUGUCGUUUGUUUUGUGAUUCUCGGCUGUUUCAAGCCUGGCCACCUCGAUAUUCGCGCUGAAACCAUUGUUAUGUGUUCUGUGUGAUUCUGUGUUGAAUGAAUUUGGGUGGACAAGUGCCAUUUUCCCAGGAUUUAUACUGCAGCAUACCCACUGCACGGCACCACUCUGGACCGAUGGCGCUUCCGUACUCCUGAGGAGGAACCUCUGGUCCUCCAACAGUUCCUUAGGUUCGACGAAACUAGAGCCAUAACGCAACAACUGCUCCUGGCGCAACAGGCACUUCAGGAACCCACACUGGAGCGCCUAGAGCGUCACCAUUCACCUCACCCACGUCGGGCGAUGUCACCAAACCAUCGCCCGUCACCACCGACUCUAACGGCUUCCGCUUUUCAUCCCACAAGACUGCAACCCACUGCGACGAUGUCUCCACAUCAGAAGCAUUCGCUCAACUUCAUCAGCUUACCACCCAAUGGACCAAUCUCGUCGAAUUCGUCCCAGAAUAGCAUUAACACCGCUCCUUUAAACUCGUCUCCAUUGAAUCGGCUACAAAACAUGCAACCAUUCGAUUUUAGAAAGCUGGGAGCAGGAUUAGCUGCGUUUCCUCCGAAUCGCGUUAGUCCAGAACGUCGAAGGAUGUCCGAUAACGAAUCGAUGGGACUAAACCUCACAAGAACUUCUAUGGCUUCCUGUCUGCCACCACCACCUCCUCCGUCUGCUUCUACCUCUCUAAGUCACUCCACUGUCGCAAUGGUGGCUGCUUCUGUGAAUAAUCUCGCUGUUAAUUUAGUGGCCAAUUCCUUUCCGGGUUUGAUGUCUACGCGAAUGUCAACAGGAAGCAAAUCUCCAUCUAGCGCUGACGUUUUGAGCAGCGGAAAUACCAACAGUGAAGAAGACGAUGAUGGUGAUGAAAACUCGCACAGUGCGUUAAACUUGACCAAGGACAAAAUUCCUAAGCAAUCGCGAAUGUUACCGGGUAGAAAACCGUCCACACCCACAAAACGAACGUGGGGUUCACCGAAUUUACCUCUGAACUUAGGAACCCAGUUUAUUAAUCCAGCUACGGGAAAAAAACGGGUUCAAUGCAACGUUUGCCUAAAGACAUUUUGCGACAAAGGUGCUUUGAAGAUUCACUUCUCCGCAGUACAUUUACGCGAAAUGCAUAAAUGUACAGUCGAGGGAUGCAACAUGAUGUUCAGUUCUAGAAGAUCGCGGAACCGGCACAGUGCUAAUCCCAAUCCAAAAUUACACUCCCCUCAUCUUCGAAGAAAAAUAUCUCCGCACGAUGGAAGAAGUUCACAAGCUCAUCCUAUUCUAAUUCCUCCACAGCCUGGAUUGCCUCUACCUUCCGCUGCUGCUUUAAGUCCUCUAAACCCGUUCGGGCCAUUUCCUCUCCUUACCCCUCCACCCGAUAUGAAAUAUCAUCCACUACCUUCAAUGGAUUUCAAACAAACUUUAGACCUCAGUAUACAACGAAUGAAAGAAAGCAAAGUUUCUUAUCCUGAUUAUGCUGCACUCAGUUCAUUUCAUCAUCACCACCACCAUCAUCAUCAUCACCAUCAAUCUGAAGAUGAUGAUGACGACGAUGACGGUAUUGUAGUCGUGGGCGGUGACGAAGAUGAUGAUUUCGACAAAGAUAAGAGGGACAAAAUAAAUGGAACUAACGAAAACGACGUCCAAGAUGCACCAGAAGAUCUAGUUAUGCCUGCUAAGAAACAAAAAAUGUCCGUAUCGGAUGUUGAAGAAGACAUAACCAGUAAUAUCGACAGUAACGAAGAUUCUUUGAGUGUUGUUGAUACUCAAAGCCUCAAAGACGAGCCUAGUGUUCAAGUUAGCAAACGAAAACGAAAGAAUCAAAACCCGACCAGAUGCGCAGUACCUGUAAUGAUGGAAGAUACUGUCAGCGAUGGAGAUUCUUCUAACGAUGUCUUUUCAGAACGGUUAGCCGAUCAAGUGAAGCAAGAACAAGAGGAAAAAAAAGAGAAAAAUGAUUCGUAUACUGAGCCAGUACCUGUAGAAACCAAAAAACAUAUUGACGUUUGCGAUGAUUCACCGUUAGAUUUAGGGAAGCGAAGUCCAGAUGUGAAUGCUAACGAAACCGAUAAAUCGGUUUCAAACGAAAUUAAAACUAGUAUAGCUCCGUUAUUUACUAUAGAUAAAUUAAAAAAAGAGAAACCAUUUCACGAUACAGAGACAGUAGAAGAGCCGGAGGAGAGGCCUAGUAGCUCUAUGGAAAGUAACAAAAGUGAUGAAUCAUUUGAUUCGACAAAUCCAUUAAGGCAAUUAGAAAGUUUGUCGCAUGGUCAUUUUAGUGAUUUGAUGGCAAGAGGACUGCAUUUAGGUUUAGGAGGUCAGCCUCCCGCAUUUCCGCCAUUGGGUUUUAUGAUGGGUACUGGUCCUCCAAGUCCUGCUCGUUCCCAAACUUCAUCCGGUGGAAGUAGCAACGGAAGGGAGUCUCCGGAUGAUAGCAGCCAACAUCAAUUGUAUGGGCAUUUUGAUAACGGACAAUUUAUUAGUGGCAUGGACGUACCAGUAGACAAAGAUAAUCCAAGACGGUGCACUGCUUGCGGGAAAAUAUUUCAAAACCAUUUCGGCGUUAAGACUCACUACCAGAAUGUACAUUUAAAAUUGAUGCACAAGUGCAAUGUAGACGGCUGUAAUGCUGCAUUUCCUUCCAAAAGAAGUAGAGAUAGGCAUAGCGCAAAUUUAAAUUUGCAUAGAAAACUUCUUUCAACGACUUCUGACAAGAGUGCAACUAGUUUGUUUUUAGAAAAAUCCGCAUUUGCUUCUUUAGCGAAUCCCGCUCUGCACGGCGAUUUUCUUACCAGGCUGUAUGCAGAAGAAGCUUUGAAAGGGCAUCAUUUACCUCCCCCAAAUCUAGAUCAAUUAAUUCUGAAUGGCGAUAGACUACCUCACCCUCCUUUGCUGCUACCACCAUUAGGUGGUCUUCCUUUUCCAUUAGGAAAUUUUAAUCAUUUUAGCCAAUUUAAUGGGUCAAUGACGACGACGAGUCACAAAGAACGUUCCUCUACUUCUAAUUCCCCUUUAUCAGGUUCACCUCCUCCUACUAAUUUAUCCCCCGCACCCACCAAAUACAUCCAUUGCGUCGAAGAAGAUCUUCCAACGCCCGAUAAGGAGGGAAAUCUUCCAUGUAGACUGUGCAAAACCGCUUUUAGUACUGCGCUCCAACUCAAGGAACAUUGUGAGAGGCACCAUAUAUCGGAAAUGUUCAAAUGUACUGUGAUGGGUUGUCCCAAAGUGUUUGUCUCGCGGACCAGGCGGAAUAUCCAUGCCGAAAAUGAAUCUCUUCACGCGAAUCCAUCGUCAAGGGACUCUGAGCUGUCGUGACCUUUAAAAAAUGUUUUGGAUUUUAGCGCGAUUCCCCUCUCGCUCUGGUGGUGAUCUAUUAGAGUACUUAGCAAUAGGAAUGAUAGUUUUUAUUUUUGAAUUAAAUUUUUUCUACAAAUACGCCCUCAGUUUUAUCAACGUAGCAGUAGACGAGUCUGUCUAGGUUUCUAUGUCACUAUUAAAUAAGCAGGAGAGAACAAAACUGUUCUCAAAAUGGUCCUAUAAUCUAAAGUUUGGUUUUUAAGAAAAAUGUUUUAACAUUUUGUUUUUAUUUCUGUGAAACACAAAAGGGUAGUACAUAGUAAAGAGACUGUUAACAUUUAAAAUCAUUUUGUCUUCUACUGGUAGGUCUCAUUGCUUAAAAGUUGGAAAUCUGGAAUCUCUGAUUUACAUACAUACGGCUGGGCCCCAGAUUCAUUGCGUUUUAGAUUUCCAACCAAUGUAUAACUUUAGCUUUUCUAUUUUAGGCUAAUUAAAUUUAUCAUAUCAAAGUACUAAUUUCUCAAAAACCAAAUAAGUCAUUUCUGAGACAACACUUGUUAUCUUUAUAAUCGAACUUAUCCUGUGGGGGAAAAGACAGACCUGUAUUAUUUCAUGAGAUGAAUUUUGUAAAUUUAAAGGGCAUUUUUGAUAUUUGAAGAAAGGAUAUUUAAAAAUAAAAAUGAACUCUCCAGUUGUCUUAAUCGAUCCUGUUUAAUUUUUUUUAUAUCUGGCUGCUCACAACGAAAUGUUUUGCUGUAUUAAGAGGAGGCGGUCUAAUUUCGUCUGCAAACUUAAGACUAUCAACCAGUAUAGCUGGAAUGUGGGUAUAGCUAUGCAACUAGACUUAAGUUUGUUAACGAUGUUAGUAGCAGGUAUCGGUUAAGUUUCCUUUAUGUGAUUAUAGAAUAGUUUUACAAAUUUUUGAAGCCAGUUUCUGUAUGCUUAUUUAUUAAGAAGAGCCUGUGCACUUUAUUUUCUUUUUAUUUUUUGGAUAAGAGAUUUAUUUUUAUUUUGUUUUAUCAUUUUAUCAGCCAGUCUUGAAAAUACUCAAAUGUAAAUACAAUUUAGCCUAGUUGAUCUCUUUAAGUUGUGAUUUUUUUGCGCAAAACAUAUGAAUGUGAUUAUUACAAUUAAAAUGAUGCUCAUUCGAAUUCUGGAGGAUCGGGAAACGAAAUGUCAUAUCUUCUAACUGUCAAAUACGUGUUGCUUAAAUUUAUUCAUAUAAAUAGUUGAUGUAAUCCCUCUUUAAAAUAUUCUACUGGUGAUACAAGUUAGUUAUGAAAAAAAUGUAUAUUUAAUGUGCAAUAACUGUGUAAAUAUGCUAAAUUGCUUGUAAAUGUAUAGUUGUAUAUAUACCAACAAUGUUAUAACCAGAGGGUACGACGUAAAUUAUUCAAUGUAUACGAUAAAAACUUAAAUCAAAUCUGUUUUUAACGUAAUGAAAGUUUCCUAAAGAUAGAGUCAAAUAUGGUAAAUUUUUUGCGCAGAUUCCAUUCUUCAACUAUACAAAAUUUUGCAAAUUCACUGAAAUAUUACAGAUGACCUAUAUGCUUAUCUGGCAGCUCUAUCGAAGUAGCUUAAGUCACUUCUGCGCAACUAAGUGGCUGUAAUUGACUCAAUCAAGCAUCCAACCACACCUUAAAUAAAGACUAUUAAUUUUUCCAAUUAUAAUUAUUUUCACCACAUUACCAAAAAUAUAAACUGCUAAAGGGAUAAUGCUUGUAAGAUUUAACAAAUUUUGCUUGAGUGUGGAUGGAAGUUUUUUAAUUUAUUUAUUUUUUCUCGAGCAUAUCUGUAACUGUAAUUUGUUAUUGCGUAUUCAACAUCCAGUGUACAGUUAAACAAAAUAUGUAUUUGCCUACCGGGCGUAUUAAAAACAUAUAGCUGUCG